AUGUUUAAGCACUUUUGCCGUGGUGGUGGCCGCCUCAAGCUCCCCAUUGACGAGCCCGCUCUGGCGCCUGCUUCGCGAAAGCAAAAGAAGCGUCUUCGCAAUGUCAAGCGCCUGUCUGUGCUCGUCGUUGCCGUGACCAUUAUGGCCACUGGCUUCAUGGCCACCAAGAGCUCGUCACUUGCAGGCGCUCUGCGUCAGUCGUCCUGGGACGGCACCGUCACCCACGCUCAGCUCCAGAACCUCUCCCUCCCUCCGCCGCAAGAAUCCCGCAACGUCGGCGGCACGCGUCGCUUCCGCGUCUUCAUGGCCGCCGACGCCCCGAACCUGAGCCUCUGCAAGUCCGUCAUGUCCUCGGUCGCCCUCGGCUACCCGCUGCCCAUCCUGCUCAACUGGAAGGGCGAGUUCAACCGGCCCGAGUGGCACCUCGCCGGCAGCCACAUUGCCAAGCUCGAGAGCCUGCACGCCGCCAUCGAGGCCCUGCUCGCCGAUCCCAACGACAUUGCCCACGACGACGACCUCGCUGUCCUGGUCGACUCGUACGAUGUUUGGUUCCAGCUGCCCCCGUCGGUGCUCAUUCAGCGCUACCACCAGAUCAACAAGGACGCCGACAGGCGCAUACGCGACCAAUGGCGAGAAACGUGGCGCGGUCGCGGCGACGACGACGACGACGACUUUCCCAUACCGCCCCCCAAACAAAACAUUGUCGUCACGUCGGCCAAGGACUGCCAUCCGGGCCCCGAGUCGGGCUCGCAUCCACACUACGACCACUGGCCGCAGUCGCCCAUGCCGAAAUUCAUGUACGGCCCGGGCACCGACAAGGUAUCGGGCCCCCUGUUUGACCCCGCGCGAAAGUACAAAAAGGUGCGUCCGCGCUGCGUCAACAGCGGCAUGAUUAUGGGCACCAUGGGCGCGCUGCGCGCUGCUCUCGCCCGCAGCAAGGACAAGAUUGCCGAGGCGGAGCGCACCGGACGGCAGCUCUGGAGCGACCAGGCCCUGCUCGGCGAGGUCAUUGGCGAGCAGGAGCUGUGGCGCGAGUGGGUGCGCCACCUCGGCGCGACCUGGGACGGCGACGACGACGACACCGCCGGGGCUCCGCUGUACGGUGGCCUGCACCGGGACGUGGUGCCCAUUGCGCGCGCUGCGCUGCGCGAGGGCAAGAAUUUCGAGUUUGGCAUCGGUCUCGACUACGCGUUUAGCACGAUCCCGCCGACGUGCUCUGCCGAGGAGGACGGCGACUUUGUCGCGCUCAGCGACCACGAGCAGGUCGAGGCCGCGUCGGAGCGCGCCGGCGUCGUCGACGGCGUCCGCGUCCGCGGCGUGCCGCCCGAGCUACUACUCCAUACGACGCCCAACGCCGCCCGCGACGCCAUCACGUACCGCGAUCCGCUGCGCGACAUUGCCUGGGGCGAGGUCCCCCUCUACACCGACUUCUUCUUCGGCACCACGCCCGUCGGCAUCCACCACAACGCCUACGUCGACGGCCUCAAGGCCUGGCGCAUCGACAACUGGUGGGAGCGCAUGUGGUUCCACCGCCACCUGCGCAGGCUCGUCUCGUCGCACCUCAUCCUCCCGCAGCAGACGGGCUCUGGCGGCGUCCGGCCCAUUGUCCGCGUGGCCAAUGUCUCGUCGGACGGCGUCGAGGUCGUCUACGUGCCCCCGGCGUCGGAGUCGCAGGAAAAAGUCGUCACGGUGUUUGAGCCGGCUAGGAGGGGUGCUGCUGGUGAAGAGGCCGUGUUUGAGCCCAUUUCUUUUGAUGGCAUUUGUCAAAGGGGGAAAAAGCCGUGGUUUGAGGAGCUCUUUGGCGACAAGAUUGGUCCCUUGGCGCUUUGA